AUGCGCACUUCGAUCACCGCUGCCACGGCCCUCCUGGCCUCCAUGGUCUCCGCUCACGGAAACAUCAUCUCCCCUCCUGCCCGUGCUCCCGGUCCCGCGAUGGCAAAGGCUUGUGGACAGGAGAAUGUGCAGACUGUUUUGGCGGACCCUACUAUUCCCCUGGAGGACCUCACCAACCCUCCGGCGACAUGCCAGCUGGAUCUCUGCCGUGGCGCCACCUUCGAGGACAACAAGGCCCAGGUGCAGACCUUCAAGGCCGGCCAGGUCGUCAACAUGCGCGCGGCUCUGCCGAUUCCCCAUGAGGGUCCGAUGAACGUGUCUAUUGUCGACACGAAGACCAACAAAGUCAUUGGCCAGCCGCUUAUCGUCUUCGACUCCUACGCCGACGAGAAGCUUGCUCAACUGCCCGCGAACAACACCAACUUCGACAUCACCAUGCCCAGCAACCUGCCCGCUGGAACAUGCGCUCAGGCCGGUCAGUGUGUCGUUCAGUGGUUCUGGUUCGGAACUAGCGCGAAGCAGACUUAUGAGAGCUGCGUGGACUUCGUGAUGGCUUGA